GGCGCAGCUACCAACAUUCAUUUACGAGCAAAGUCAAGUGGAGUAUACUGGAGCGGAGAUUGUUUGCUUUGGAAAGACUAGGGCGUCUGAACUUAAACGCCUGUCUUUUUGGUUGUUUUGACUCGCAUAAGACUGGAACUUUUAUUCCUACUCAUGACAGUGCAAACUCAGUAAUAAACUGAAAUUUAAAAAUUACUCUGUGGCUACAUACCGAAGAUGAUUGGAGCCCUUUUUGUUUACAACCACAAAGGAGAAGUUUUAAUUUCCCGAAUUUAUAGACACGACGUUAGUCGAAAUGCUGCAGAUGCAUUUAGAGUCAACGUCAUUCAUGCAAGAGGUCAAGUACGAUCACCGGUUACACAUAUUGCAGGUACAAGUUUCUUUCAUGUCAAAAGAGGAAAUGUUUGGAUUGCUGCUGUCUCCAAACAAAAUGUCAAUGCUGCACUGGUUUUCGAAUUUUUGUACAAAACUGUAGAAGUCAUGGUAAAUUAUUUUGGCAAAGUCACAGAAGAAAACGUGAAAAAUAACUUUGUUUUGAUAUAUGAACUAUUGGAUGAAAUUAAUGAUUUUGGUUAUCCUCAAAAAACUGAUGUGGGUAUCUUAAAAACUUUCAUCACACAGCAAGGUGUUCGGUCGCAGACACGUGAAGAACAAGCACAGAUCACAAGUCAAGUUACGGGUCAAAUUGGUUGGCGGAGAGAGGGGAUAAAAUAUAGGAGAAACGAAUUAUUUUUAGAUGUUUUAGAAUCAGCGAAUCUUCUUAUGUCGCCCCAGGGUCAAGUUCUUAGCGCACACGUAUCUGGUCGAAUUGUCAUGAAGAGUUACUUGUCUGGAAUGCCAGAAUGUAAAUUUGGAAUGAACGACAAGUUAGUCGUGGAAAAACAAAACAAAUCUUCUGCUCUUGACUCAUCAACCGAUUCAAAUAACAAAAAAAAUACUAGUAAAGCAGGAAUUGCCAUUGAUGAUUGUACAUUUCAUCAGUGUGUCAAACUUAGCAAAUUUGAAAGUGAACGCAGCAUUAGUUUUAUUCCUCCUGAUGGCGAAUAUGAACUUAUGAGAUAUCGAACAACGAAAGAUAUUAGUCUUCCAUUUCGCGUUAUACCCCUCGUACGAGAAGUUGGACGAACCAAGAUGGAAGUUAAAGUCGUCUUGAAAUCGCAUUACAAACCGUCAAUAUUAGGACAAAAAAUCGAGGUGAGAAUACCCACUCCACCCUCCACCGCUGGUGUGCAAGUGAUUUGCAUGAAAGGAAAAGCGAAGUAUAGAGCCAGUGAAAACGCUAUAGUGUGGAAAAUCAAAAGAAUGGCUGGAAUGAAGGAAUCGCAAAUCAGUGCCGAAAUUGAGCUGCUACCAACACGUGAUGCAAAAAAAUGGACUAGACCACCAAUUUCAUUGAAUUUCGAAGUUCCAUUUUCAUGUUCUGGUCUAAAAGUGCGUUAUUUAAAAGUAUUCGAAUCUAAAUUGAAUUACAGUGAUCAUGACGUCAUCAAGUGGGUGCGAUAUAUUUCAAAGAGUGGUUUGUAUGAGACAAGAUGUUGAAAGCUUUUGUUUAAGAAAAGAAGUAGAAGAUUUAGUGAAACUGAAGAAUGGAAAAACAAAUGUAAACAAAAUAAUCGCAGAACUGCUGACGUAUGCAUUCUCAUUCACGUGUUUAGUCCACUUUUUAAAAUUAGCAAGCCUGGUGAUUAAUAUGUAAUUAGACUGGAACAUAAAGGAUUAAAAUUUCAAAAUUUUUGUAAUUAUAGUGCUGUGUUAAACUUAUAUUUUUUUAUAUUGUAUCUGCUUUAAAAUCUCAAUCGGUUGCCGGUUUUUUGUCAGUGUAAAUGAAAUAAGUAGCGUCGUAAUUCGUGAAUGUCUUUCCCUUUUGUUUCCGUAGUACAUAUUUUCUUUAUGUGUUGUAUUAUAUUCUUCUUUUUUUUUCAAUUUAAGCGGUUUCUCUGGCCGGGACAAUUUCUCGUUGAGAUUGGCAGUAUUUUAUGACUUUAUAAUUUGAAAUUUCAUGCAAUGGCAAAUAUACUAUUUCUGUCCAUGUAAUAUAGAGAGACAAACGA